CGCUUCUUUACCUGGCGGCGGACGGAAUACCCAAUUAGAAGAGAGGAAGAAGAAGGGGAGAAGAAGGACUAUGUGAGGAGGCAAAGGAGAAGAGACGGAAGAACAGAGAAGGGGAAGGGAAUGGUGUUCAACGCAGGGUGGGUGGCGGCGGUGGCGAGGGUGUCGGCCGAGGCGUGCCAGUACGUGGCUUGCAACCCGGAACGGCUGAGCAGUGAGGAAGUGCUCGACCUCCUCUUCUGCCUCCCCCUCCGCCAUCUCCGCGGCUUCGCCCUCUGCCUCUUCUCCUUCCUCUGCUUCCCACCCUUCCUGUCCGACGACCUCCGCCGCAACCGUCUCUAUUACCUCGGAUCCUCCUCCUCUUCGUCGUCCUCCUCAGACGAAUAUGACUCCACCGGCGGCGGCUACGACUCGCAUUCCGACUGAUGGAUAGAACCCGGCGGAUCUCUGUUCACUAUGCACAGUUAAAUUUGGCACUAAAACUGUUCCAUUAUCAGGAUCGUUAAAUUUGAGUUACAAACAUUUCAGGUCUUAUAGCUUCUUACAUAA